AGGCGCAUGCUCUGUAGCGGUCUCUGCAGCCAGCAUUGGCGCCCGCGCGGGCCUUUCAGCCCCGCCCGCAGAGCCGCUCCCGCAAAGCCCCACCCGGGUGCGCGGGCAUGGCGGCCAGCCUGUGGAUGGGCGACCUGGAACCCUACAUGGAUGAGAACUUCAUCUCCAGAGCUUUUGCCACCAUGGGGGAGACGGUAAUGAGCGUCAAAAUUAUCCGAAACCGCCUCACUGGGAUCCCAGCUGGCUACUGCUUUGUAGAAUUCGCAGAUUUGGCCACUGCUGAGAAGUGUUUGCAUAAAAUUAAUGGGAAACCCCUUCCAGGAGCCACACCUGCGAAACGUUUUAAACUGAACUAUGCCACUUAUGGGAAACAACCAGAUAACAGCCCUGAGUAUUCCCUCUUUGUGGGGGACCUGACCCCAGACGUGGAUGAUGGCAUGCUGUAUGAAUUCUUCGUCAAAGUCUACCCCUCCUGUCGGGGAGGCAAGGUGGUUUUGGACCAGACAGGCGUGUCUAAGGGUUAUGGUUUUGUGAAAUUCACAGAUGAACUGGAACAGAAGCGAGCCCUGACGGAGUGCCAGGGAGCAGUGGGACUGGGGGCUAAGCCUGUGCGGCUGAGCGUGGCAAUCCCUAAAGCGAGCCGUGUAAAGCCAGUGGAAUAUAGUCAGAUGUACAGUUACAGCUACAACCAGUAUUAUCAGCAGUACCAGAACUACUAUGCUCAGUGGGGCUAUGACCAGAACACAGGCAGCUACAGCUACAGUUACCCCCAGUAUGGCUAUACCCAGAGCACCAUGCAGACAUAUGAAGAAGUUGGAGAUGAUGCAUUGGAAGACCCCAUGCCACAGCUGGAUGUGACUGAGGCCAACAAAGAGUUCAUGGAACAGAGUGAGGAGCUGUAUGAUGCUCUGAUGGACUGUCACUGGCAGCCCCUGGACACAGUGUCUUCAGAGAUCCCUGCCAUGAUGUAGCCAGGCCCAAGGACGAGCCAGGCUGCACUAUGUGAGGGAGAUUAGAGACUCCUUUUUAAAAAAAAAAAAAAUGUGAAACCUUUUUGGAAAUAUGAUUUGUAAGAUUUUAAUGACUGUUUCUGGAGAUCAUGAGUAUUUCUACAACA